AUGCGCGUGUAUAUGAACGCUUGUGUUUGUACUGAUGCUAAAAAAAGUCAAACGAGCACAGUACCACACCCUGCCCUACAACGCGGUCCUUGUGUCCCGCACCUUCGCUGUCUCCUCCUCCAAGUCAACCCCAGCGGGAGCAAGAGAUCAGAGAUUCACCCGGCAAUGGACCACAAGCAAGACACGGAGCCGCUGCUCCCGGCGGCGGACGAAUGGUGCCGGCAGGGCCUCGCCGCGGCCGAGGCGAAGCGGCUGGUUCGCCUCGCCGGGCCGAUGAUCACCAGCUGCUUGCUGCAGAACAUCAUCAACAUAAUGUCCCUCAUGUUCGUCGGCCACCUCGGCGAGCUUCCCCUCGCCGGCGCCUCCCUCGCCAACUCCGUCGCCAGCGUCACCGGCUUCAGUAUCAUCAUCGGCAUGGCGACUGCGCUGGACACGCUGUGCGGGCAGGCGUACGGCGCGCGGCAGCACCACCUGCUCGGCGUCUACAAGCAGCGCGCCAUGGUGGUGCUCGGGCUCACCUGCGUCCCCAUCGCCGUCGUCUGGGCGCACACCGGCCGGAUCCUGGUGCUCCUCGGCCAGGACCCGCGCAUCGCCGCCGAGGCCGGCGCCUACGCGCGGUGGCUCAUCCCGUCGCUUGCCGUGAGCGUGCCGCUGCAGUGCCACGUCCGGUUCCUGCAGGCGCAGAGCCUCGUCCUGCCCGUGACGGCCAGCUCGGCCGCCGCGGCACUCUGCCACCUCGCCGUGUGCUGGGCGCUCGUGUUCAAGGCCGGCAUGGGUGCCAAAGGAGCCGCGCUCAGCAACGCCAUCUCGUACGCCGUGAACCUGGUGAUGCUGUCCCUGUACGUCAGGCUGUCGAGCUCCUGCAGGGACACGUGGAACGGGUUCUCCAUGGAGGGGUUUAAGGAUCUGCGCAAAUUCGCCGAUCUCGCCGUGCCCUCUGCGAUGAUGAUCUGCUUGGAGUGGUGGGCUUUCGAAACACUUGUGCUGCUGUCUGGUCUUCUGCCCAACCCUCAGCUGGAGACUUCAGUGCUGUCAAUUUGCCUUAACACUGGGAUUCUUCUCUUCAUGAUACCAUCGGGGCUUGGUUAUUCUGUGAGCACGCGCGUUUCCAACGAACUUGGUGCCGGACAGCCUCAGGCAGCAAAGUUGGCAACGAGGGUAGUCGUGUGCAUCGCCUUGUUCCUAGGCUUCGUCCUGACCUUGGGCAUGACCCUGCUACGCCACGUUUGGGGGUACAUGUACAGCAACGAGCCGGAGGUCGUGGCAUACAUUGCCAAGAUGCUGCCGGUUCUUGGGAUAUCUUUCUUCAUAGAUGGUCUUCACGGAUCUCUCUCAGGCGUGCUCACGGGCUGCGGCAAGCAAAAGAUCGGCGCCACGGUGAACCUCGGCGCGUUCUACUUGGCAGGCAUCCCUAUGGCGGUGCUGCUUGCGUUUGUCUUCCAUCUCAAUGGAAUGGGCCUUUGGCUCGGCAUCGUCUGCGGCAGCCUCAUCAAAGUGCUCUUGUUUGCAUCUGUCACAUGGACCAUAGACUGGAGCAUGGAAGCUACCAAGGCAAAGGACAGGGUAUUCGGCUCAUCUCUGCCAGUAGCAUGA